GUGGCGGAGGCAGCGGCGGCAGUGGUGGAAGUAAUUCCGGCGUUCGUACGGACACAUCCAGCCAGCCUAGUCACCGGAAUAGUCCGUCGUCGCAAUACAAUCCAAACCAGAGUAUGAGCCCUACUGGUAGUUCGGCUCACGUCUCUCAACAGCAGCAGCAACAGCCGCAACAAGCAUCGCCAAGGGCGCGAGCGCCAUCGGUACCGCCUCAUCUCCUGGCUCAUCAUCAAUUCUGGUCACAAAAUUCCGGCGUACAGGGAUUUGCCACGCAAAGGCUAUUGAACGGCGUAAUAAGUAGUGCCGUUAGUUAUGGACAAAAUGUUGCGACGGUUUCCACCAGUAGCUGCACUACUUCUAGUAGUAGUACGGGAACUGGUAAUAGCGGUGGUGGAACUUCCGGAAGUACGGGGGCAACCACAACGGCGUCUUCGUGCGAAGGAAUGAAGCCACCGGCUCAAAGACCAGCCCCAGCACCACCCAGACCACCGCCCACGGUGAUCAUGGGAGAAAUUGGUGGCGUUAGGACGAUGAUAUGGUCAACGCCACCUUUGGAUCCUGUACCACCACCCGCGGCCUCGUGGACCGCCACAGCCGCGGCUGCCUCUUGUUCCUCUUCCGAGGAAUCAGCGGCACAACUUCUCCUAAACCUCGGACAAGAGUCCAGAGGGAAACCACCUUCCGUUUCCUAUUCGUCCGGACCACCCCUCAACAUGGAGAGGCUAUGGGCCGGCGAUUUAACGCAACUGCCGGCUGCCCAGCAGAUGCAAGCCCUCAAUCUCACGGCAUCAGGCUCCAGUCAGCCUUGGGUGAGAAACGGCGGGGUCGUCAAGUCCGAGGCGGCCUCGCAAUCAAUGUCGGUCGCACCACCUGCCCCACCGUUACCGCCUCAGGAACACGAGGAAGACGAAACGCCCAUGAUCUGCAUGAUCUGUGAGGAUAAAGCCACGGGUUUACAUUAUGGCAUUAUCACGUGCGAAGGGUGCAAAGGUUUCUUCAAAAGGACUGUACAAAAUAGGCGGGUGUAUACGUGUGUAGCAGAAGGUGGCUGCGAAAUCACAAAGGCACAGAGAAACAGGUGUCAGUACUGCCGUUUUAAAAAGUGUAUCGAACAGGGUAUGGUCCUGCAAGCCGUUAGAGAAGACCGGAUGCCUGGCGGAAGAAAUUCCGGUGCGGUCUAUAAUCUUUAUAAGGUUAAAUACAAGAAGCAUAAGAAGAGCAACAAAGGAAGUGGGAUGAGCGGUGGGAACAUGGGUGGCAUGGGUGGCGGUGGUAACGUUGGUGGUGUGAACGGGUCGGGAUCCCUUGGUGCCAAUAAAGGUACCAUGGGCCCGACGAUGUUAGACAAACACAUGGUAGCAGCUGCGGCUGCACAUCAUAGUCAGCAACAGCACGCACAGCUCGCUGGUAGCUUCCUUCAUCAUCAUAAAAUUUCGUCGGGCGAUCCGCUCAACUCGCAACCUACUCCCAGCCAUCCAAGUCACCCUGCCCAUUCGGGCCACCUCGUCAAUGGAACGAUCCUGAAGACUGCUUUGACCAACCCUUCUGAGGUGGUACAUUUACGGCAGAGGCUAGAUAACGCCGUUAGUAGUUCGAGGGAUAGAGCAUUUCCUUUGGACGCGACCCUCGCUAUGAUUCAAACGCUCAUAGAUUGCGACGAGUUCCAAGAUAUUGCUACGUUAAGGAACUUGGACGAGCUGCUGGACCAUAAAUCAGAUUUAAGUGAGAAGCUGUGUCAAAUAGGAGACAGCAUAGUGUACAAGUUGGUGCAGUGGACCAAAAGGUUACCGUUUUACCUUGAGCUGCCGGUUGAAGUUCACACGAGGCUGCUCACUCACAAGUGGCACGAACUCCUCGUGCUGACCACCUCCGCUUAUCAGGCGAUGCACGGUCAGCAUAAGUUCACCAAUGUGGCCUCGGAUGAGACGGGCGUGGAUUUUAUGCAAGAAGUUUCCAACAACAUGUAUACGCUGCAAACGUGCCUAACUAGCAUGAUGGGCAGACCGAUAACCAUGGACCAAUUACGGCAAGACGUAGGGCUCAUGGUAGAAAAAAUAACUUAUGUCACGCUUAUGUUCAGGCGAGUAAGGCUACGGAUGGAGGAAUAUGUCUGUCUAAAAGUGAUCACCAUGCUCUCGCAAGCACGAGGAGGUACACUGGAGUUAGAACAGAUACAAGAACGGUACAUGAGCUGUCUGCGAAGUUUCGUCGAACACAGUGCACCACAGCAACCAGGUCGAUUUCACGAUCUUCUCGUCAGGUUGCCGGAAGUACAAUCAGCGGCAGCUCUACUUCUCGAGAGUAAAAUGUUCUACGUUCCUUUCCUAUUGAACUCAGCAAUUCAAAGAUAGUAAAUAAAAAAGCUGACGAUAAAAGCUGAAUUACCUAUAUACAUACUAUACAUACAUACAUAUACAUAUUAUACAUAUAUAUAUACAUAAAAAAAAGAGGUCAAAAGGAACCUAAUAACAAGACACGAGAAAAAGAGAGAGAGAGAAAGAGAGAGAGAGAGAGA